AUGACUGCAACCCCGUAUGAGUCUGUGAGGCUGCCGCAGAACCGUGCCGGGCCGGCGAGUAUUGCGUGUCUUCACCAAGCAUUGAAGUCUCUCUCCCCCAUCACGAGUCAAUCGUCGUCAGCUUCUAGAAUUCUUGUCACUUUUUUCCCUCCAUUGAACCCUUAUUUUUCUUACCAUCUGUUGGCGCCAGACUGGGGCGGUGCCCCCCAUAUGCGGGUACAAGGAGAACAAGAGCGUGUUUCAAGUUUCUCCAGAAACGGGCCCCAGACCGGCCGAAAAGCCAUCAGUCAAAGGACGGCCCAGCAAUCAGAGAUUGAUAAGGGUUUCGGCCUCCUUGUGACAGAUGGCAUUACUCAGUCAAUCAAUGACAAAGAUGGUCGGUUGGAAACGCCACUGCGGUUCUAA